AUGGCAUCUACAAGCAGACGGGACGACUACGCCAACCCUCCCUUGCCUGACGACGACCUGAUCGACCCUGACGAUGGCAACAUCGGCUCGGGCUCCUCCUCGUCGCGGCCGCUCAACGAGAACGCCUGGACCUCUAGGAUACCUGGCGAAGACCGCGCUGCCCCGCAAAACACGAUUGACGAGUCGGUGUGGGACACCCUCCGCCGAGACCUGCUCGCCGUCUGGGCCAAGAUGAGGGAAGUUCUGUACCCCAAGUACCUGCUUGGAGGAACUAUGUUUGAUGCCGACGGCAUCCGAGGGGCAUACGCGAACAUCCGCGGGGCUGGACUUUCCGGCGCCCGCGAGGAGAUAACCGGUCUGGCCAGUCGUUUCAUGGAUUCGGAGGCACUUCUGUCGCAGAACAACAUGACACCGGGCCUGCGCGACUGGGACCUCUGGGGCCCCCUCAUCUUCUGUCUGCUCCUGAGUCUUCUCCUGAGUUUCAACGCACGAGCCGAUCAGAAGGAUAUUGUCUUCAGCGGAGUCUUUGCCAUGAUUUGGAUCGGAGAGGCCGUUGUGACGCUGCAGAUCAAGCUGUUGGGAGGCAGCAUCUCCUUCGCGCAGAGCGUCUGCAUCAUAGGAUACACGCUGUUCCCCCUCGUAAUCGCGGCGCUUCUCUCGGCCUUUGGCAUUCCGACCGUCGCUCGCGUUCCCGUCUACCUGUUCCUCGUCGCGUGGUCUCUGGCCGCAGGCGUGAGUAUUCUGGGGGGCAGCGGCGUGGUGAAGAACCGUGUCGGCAUAGCAGUGUACCCGCUAUUCGUCUUCUACCUCGGCCUGGGCUGUCUCUGCUUCAUCAGCUGA